AUGAGAGCGUUUGGUGGUCGAGCAAACGGCCCGUGGAACGACAACGACCCGGAGACCUUCGCCGCGCAGUACUUUGGGCUGCUGUCGUGCGAGGGGCAGGGCCUGUACCCACGUGAGAAUGUCCGAGCAGGCUACGUCCAGCUGCGGCCGGAGAGCGUUCGCUUUUGCCUGCCGAAGCAGCGGGAGGCCUUCCAGCUGUACCAAUCUCGAUGGUUCCAGUACCUCGUGGCUUCGGCCAUCGCAGCCAACUUCAUGGUCAACAUUGCCGAGAAGGCUUGGAACUUUUUUGACCUUCUUACCGCCGUCAUUGGGUGCGCGAGCCUUGCUGCGAUGUCGCUGCACGCCACCGAUUUCCCCGCCGCGCUGCGAAACAUCCGCAAUCUGCGCGCAUUCCGGGUCGUCCGUCUAUUCAAGCGCUUCCGUAACCUCAACCGCGUCUCCUCUGCGCUCGCGGUCCCGGGCAUGGCGAGCGCCUUUCUCCUCACUACGAUCGUACUCUGCUUUUACGCGAUCCUCGGCGUCGACUUCUUUGCCAUGUCGGGCGCCGACGGCGACUGGUCCGUCCGGAAUGACAACGUGCGCCGCGGAGUGUGCACCACCGAGGAGGUCGAGGAGGGCUCGUGCAGCCUCGAAGCCUCUGUCUCCUCCGUCACGCUGCGCGGGCUCACGUACGGAGAGGAGCCCGCGCCGUACAAGAGGGAGUACUAUGGCAGUUUCUCCCGCGCUCUGUACACGCUGUUCCAGGUGCUCACGGGGGAUUCCUGGGCGGAGACAGUAUCCCGACCAGGCGUCUUCACUGCGCGCGACGGCUUCUGGGUGGCCACGUACUACGUAUCGUUCGUCCUCCUAACACAGCUGGUCCUCAUCAACGUCGUCGUCGCGGUCCUCCUCACCGGGUUCGACGACUACGAGGAAGAUGAGGGCCUCACACUGGCCGAGAAGCUCACUGCCCUGCUCGAGAGCGAGCGAGUGGAGCUACUUGACGUGUUCGCGACGUGGGACAGCAAUGGCUCGGGCGCAGUUUCGAGGGUAGAGUUCCAGCGGGCAUUGCUCGCCCUGGGAUACCGAGGGGACAAUGAGCUGCUGCACCACCUCUUCAAUGCGGUAGACAGCCGCGGUGCGGGCGAGAUCCGGGCGGACGACUUGCGCGCUGUCGUCUAUGGCCACGCCCGGCGAUCGCACGUGCGCGCAGCAGAGAAGCGCACCGCCAAGGAGGAGGUAGUGGCUCUGCGCGCCGAGCUGCAGGAGGUCAACACGCGGAUCGAGGAGCAGAUGGAAGAGAUGGGUCAGCUCCUUGACGUCGUGAAGGACCUGGUGGAGAGGAACUUGCCGCCCGAGCACAAUUGGAGAGGCGGGGAGAAGCGGGACGACGAUCCUACUGGCGGGGGGCCGGCGGGUAGCGAGCCGACCAGCGGCGAGACCCACCACCGGCAGCUUGCUCUGGCGCCACGCUUCCCGAGGCUCUCGCCACGCCAGGUGCCUCCACGCCAGCUGCCGCCAUCCGCUGCCGCGCACGGGCAAACGAAUCUCGCAGGGACCGAAGGUGGGAAGUCGGCGAGACCAUCGUCGCCGCGGCAGCACGUCGUGGAUGUGGAUGAGGCGGCACUCCGGGAGGAGAAGCCUGUCUACCGGGCCGCCGCUCCCUCACCUAGCGCCGAGAGCGAGCCAGCCGAGCCGGGCGCGGCAAUUCAAGCCGUGCUGACACGCCACGACAGCGAGAGGCUGGGCGCGGAGGGGAGCGGCGAGCGGGCGGGCGAGCGGGGAGUAGCGGGCGGCCUGCGAGGAGCGUUGCGCUGGUUGUCGCUGACGUAG